AUGGCUAAUCUAGGAUUAAAAAUAAUUGAUGCUUUUGAAAAGCAAGACUUAUGUGAUGUCAAGAUUGAGUUAGCAGAUGGCACCACCUUAGGAGCACAUCGCACUGUUUUAAUGUUAGGAAGCGACUGGUUCAAGACACGACUAAAUCAGAAUUGGGACCAUGAAAAUCCUAUCAGGUGUACAGAUUUUGCACCAUUGCAAACAAGAGCUGUAAUUGAGUUCUUGUACAGAAAUGACAUUGACUUGUCAAUUGAAAAUGUGUUUGAAGUUUUACAAGCUUCUGAUUUUUACAUAAUUCCAGAUUUAAUUGAUAAAUGUGCAAAUUUCCUUUGCAGUUGUAUUUCAAAUGAGAAAGUUUUGCUUGUUAUCAAUACUGCUCAUGCCUUUAAUUUAGAUCAUGUCCUGGAAAAGGCCUUGAGAUACACAGAUCACUGUUUUGAAAAGGUUUAUCUGUCUAAUAUUGAAGCAUUUUGCUCAUUGGAUGUAAACAUUAUUACAAUGAUGAUAAAAAGGGAUACCUUAUCCAUUCACGAGGAGAAGCUUUUUGAUAUUUUAUGUAAUUGGGUGUCAUCUGAAAAUAGGGAUGUUCAAGCCACUUGGCAGAUUUUAGUACCUUUUAUUAGAUUUGGCCGGAUGUCUGCAGAAUUUUUGAUUGAGAAAGUUGUUUACAAAGAUGUCAUUGAUAACAAUUAUGCUAUGAAAGUAAUGUCAUAUCUGACUUCUUUGCAGGUUCAAAGAAAUUCACUUUCUGAUGGAGCUCGUUCAUCCCGAAAGUGCAUUUCUUUGAACGAUGUAGAAGUAGUCAGAUUCUUUGAGCAAAGUCCAGAAAGUACUUGGACAUCUGAUUCCCUAAAUGGUGAUCGCAUUUCAUUUUCCGUCAAUGUAGACAUUGACUUGCGUGGUGUUAUUUUAUUUGGAAGGUUGAACACUUCUUUGUUUGUAGAAGUGACACUUUAUGUAGAAAAUGAUUUCAUCACAAGGGGUAAGAUUAGACAAGAUGUUUUAGAUGUUAGCACAUUUCCUUUCAUUUUCCCUAAUGUUUCACAUUUACAGAAAGAUACAAUGUACACCAUUGUUGUAAAUAUGUCAGGUGGAGAUUGUUUUUUUGGCAUAGAUGGUUUACAAACUGUGCAGACUACAAUUGGGAUGAACAGGAGAGUAAAAGUCAAAUUUUAUAACACCCUUGUUAGCAAUACAAACAUUAGAAGAGGACAAAUCAAAGGCCUUAUUCUAUGUUAA